AUGUCCCUAGUUAUUCCGUCUGCAGUGGAAAGUCUUAGUGACACAUCUGAUCCCUCAGACCACACUGAACUGGCCGGCACGAUAAUCGUUUCUACCAACAACAAUGGUAGCAUCAAUGCCACUCUGUUGGCCCACCCUCGAAUCCAAAGUCGUUCUCGUGGCAAUCUCUACGGUCCCAAUAAUGAUGUAUACGACUGGCAAACAUCCAACACUAGAGGUACAGUUACCUUUGAUAUUAAUCAAGUCAGUCAACCCUUGCGCGAUGCCAUCCUCGAUCUGGCCAAUUCCUAUGAUCAGCUUGGAUCACCUGGGAACUGGUACCGUACUGAAGCACAUGCAUUUGACGAUACACACUAUACACAUAUUGAAGGCACCAGCGCGGUAUGGGCAAAUGUACUUAACAAUGGUGUAAUUCUAACACAUGCACUGUUUCGACAAUUUGUUGAAGCACUUGGAAUCAAUGCUUUGAGUCGAUUUAGGAAUAAGAAAUUUCAGACAACAACCUAUUUUAUUAGUCAUGGUGGAGUGAGUGUUGCUACUAUUGUUUUCUACUUCCAAUAUUAUAACGCGUAA